AGAAACCCUAGUAUAUGUUUAUAUAGCAAACUUCAGUCUUAAAAAAAACACCCUUUCACAAUAGCGGCGGAGGAAGUUCUCAUCACCAGAAGGAGUAAAAAUGGCGGUUCCGUUGCUUAUGAAGAAGGUCGUGAAGAAGAGGUCUGCCAAGUUCAUCAGACCCCAGAGUGAUCGCAGAAUCACCGUCAAGGAAAGCUGGAGGAGGCCUAAGGGUAUUGACUCUAGGGUGAGAAGAAAGUUCAAGGGUGUCACCUUGAUGCCCAAUGUUGGUUACGGUUCUGACAAGAAGACCCGUCACUACCUCCCUAAUGGAUUCAAGAAAUUCGUUGUUCACAACACUUCUGAGCUUGAGCUGCUCAUGAUGCAUAACAGGACUUACUGUGCCGAGAUUGCUCACAAUGUCUCAACCAAGAAGAGAAAGGCCAUAGUGGAGAGAGCUUCUCAGCUAGACAUCGUUGUUACCAACAAGCUUGCUAGGUUGCGUAGCCAGGAAGACGAGUGAAAAGCCCUUAUCUGUAGUGUUUUACUUUUUAUUUAUCGUCUGACUAUUUUGGAUUACCUUCUUUUUGCGUUUUGAAGAUUUUAUAACUUGGGUUCUCGUUUUAUGAUAUGAUUAAUUCAGAAUCUACACAACGUAAAA